AAGAGAAAAUACAAGAGAAGAAAAUGAAAAUUAGCUAUGCUAGGCUACAUUCUGUAGCUUACUACUGUCCUCCUGACGAUAGAGCAGAUUAUUAAAAUAGUCUGCGCUGUUGGAAUUUCUUUACCGAGUUUGGCAAAGAUUCUGUGAAGUUACUUGGAAGAUAGUCUGUCUCACAGACGGCACAGACAUCGACUGUAGAAGACAUGGCGUCGUUGAAUUCGCCGCUGCGUGUAUGUCGUAGUAUACUGAGAGAACUACGGGCUUUAAAGGGACCAGAAUAUAAACAAACGAUGGCAUAUAAUUACGUGUUGGAACAGUUUCGUAAAAAUCAGGUAACAGGAGAGAGGUACUGUCGUGCCCAGCAGGAGGCGCUCCACUCCUCCCUUACCUACCUGUGCUUGCUCUCCUCCACCAGACAGCAUAUGGCUCUCCACAACCUCUACCACGGCAAAGGGGAGCGUAGCACGGAGGAGGCGGCGGGCCUGGUGGGCCUUCGGUUGCCCACCCAACCAGGAGGAAAAGGCUGGGAAAAGUGAAAGGUCCAAGGGAAAUGUGCUCGCCUCGGACCAGGUCCAUCUCUAAGCUCUGAGAUGAACAACGAUUGAGACAUACCUUGCUGAAUGUAAUGUUAGGUUCAGAUGCAUUAGUAAAGUAAAGUCUCAUGCAUAGUAAAAUGCAUCAUAUAUUCUUAAAUGUAAAUAUGUUUGUUGAUGUCACUAAAAGAUUAAUAAAAAAAAAAGCAAUA